AGUUUGGUGGGGGUGGUUGAGAGCGCGGAGGGUGGAGUUGCCGUGUCAAUUCCAUGUCAAAUUGGACAAAUGUCGACUAUUUAGGCAAUGUAGUUGUUGAACAUUUUGAUCUGGUAAGCCAGAACAAUUUCCCCAUCAAAACACCAAGGAAGGACUGUUGUUUCUCUUUCUUAUGGGUAGCCAAGCUCGUGGUUAGGGUAGGAAUGCACGUGGAGCACCCUGACGAUUGCUCUCAAAAUUGCCCUUUUUAAUCCAAGUUUCAGACUUCAUUGUGUAGACAGUAUCUGUCGCAACUUGGUGGCUUUUGGGUUUUGGGUCUUGUGAUUUGGGUUCAAUAUGUGUACACCCAAUGCAAGGCAGUUGACACUCACAAUUGAUGCAAGAAUGAAUCGUGGGCUGUCGUCACCUGCAAGACUUAACCAGUCUUCUUUGCUUGCCCUGAAUUCGGGAUUGAGUUCCAGGGAGAGAUGGCAGAGUAAGAAGGGAAUGCUGAGGACUAGAGAUGUGACAAGCAAGAAUAUGCUUCCUGUUACUGAAAUGCACAAACCCAAUUGUAGUGAAUCAUGGAUGCUUAGGCCAAGAUUUCAAGCCCAAAGAGUUCGGCCCCAGGCUGCAUCUGGAGCAGAUAUGACAUUUGAGGAUGAUAGUAUUGCACUAAAUGCACUUGCAGAUAACACUCAGCAAUCAAAAUUGAUGGACUUUAUCACAUCAGAGAGAGCUAAAGUGGUUGCCAUGAUUGCUAUGGGGAUGUCACUCUGUAAUGCCAAUAGAGUUGUAAUGUCUGUUGCAAUUGUGCCUCUUACAGCUACUUAUGGUUGGAGCAGUUCUUUUGCAGGCAUUGUUCAGUCAUCUUUCCUGUGGGGGUACUUAUUGUCUGGCGUUGCUGGAGGAGCCUUGGCAGAUCGUUAUGGUGGCAAAGUUGUUAUGGCAUGGGGAGUUGCAAUAUGGUCAUUGGCAACCUUUCUCACCCCAUGGGCUUCUGGUCAUUCAGUAGGGAUGCUCCUUGCAGUCCGUGCGCUAUUUGGUGCUGCUGAAGGAGUAGCCUUACCCUGUAUGAACACCACAAUAUCAAGGUGGUUUCCUAGUACGGAACGAGCUACAGCAGUGGGCCUUUCAAUGGCUGGAUUUCAUCUGGGUAAUGUGAUAAGCUUACUUGCUUCUCCAAUACUAAUGUCCCAAGCUGGAGUUUACGGACCUUUCCUUACAUUUGGAGUUCUAGGUUUUCUUUGGCUCUCAAUAUGGAUUCCAAACAUUUUUAAUGAUCCUCAGUUUCAUCCUAGAAUAUCAAAAUCAGAGCUUGUGCAUAUUCACAAUGGAAUUGAGUAUUCUCCAAAGUCUACUAAAAAGUCCACUAUCCAGACUACUCAAAAAAUGCCUCCUUUUCGUCUGCUAUUUUCUAAGUUACCAACAUGGGCGAUAAUAGUUGCAAAUGUUACAAAUAAUUGGGGUUAUUUUGUUCUUCUCUCUUGGAUGCCAGUAUAUUUCAAAACUGUAUUUAAUGUAAACUUGAAGCAAGCUGCGUGGUUUAGUGCUAUUCCAUGGGGGACAAUGGCAGUUGCAGGGUAUGGUGCUGGUGCCUUUUCAGACCUUUUGGUUCAAUCUGGCUAUACAGUCACUAUGGUGCGCAAAAUCAUGCAGUCAAUUGGCUUUCUGGGUCCAGGAAUAGCACUUAUUGGUCUAAAUGCUGCUCAAAGUCCAACCAUUGCAGCGGCUUGGCUAACGGCGGCACUUAGUUUGAGUUCGUUCAGCCAAGCUGGUUUUCUUCUAAAUAUGCAUGACAUAGCACCAGGGUAUGCAGGAGUUCUUCAUGGUAUUACAAAUUCAAUUGGGACAUUUGCUGCCAUUGUGAGCACUAUUGGAACAGGGUAUUUUGUUCAGUGGUUGGGUUCAUUCCAGUUGUUCUUGACACUUACUGCAGUUUUGUAUUUUAUUUCAACCAUCUUCUGGAAUCUGUAUGCCACUGGGGAAAAGGUAUUUGAUUGAAUUGAGGAGUAUAUAGAAUUUAAAUGACCAACAGAUUUGUUAGUUUUCUUCCAUCUACACAAUUUACUAAUAGAGUAACAGGCUAGAAAUCAGACAGACCCAGAUCCUCCCAAAUGAUUUUCUCCUUGGGUAUCCUAAAAGUAUGGGUUGGCAUUGUAAGGCCUGAGCUUCAUCAUAUGAGUUUGAUCUCGGGCAUUCUAAUAAGUGUGUAUCCACAUGUAUGUAGGCCCUGAGAGUCAUCAUAUAACUGACCUCAGGUAUCCUAUAAAGUAUGGCUUGGAAUUUGAGUCCGAAACCUUCUCAGCUUAAAAUCAAGGUCAUACUUGCCAUAGGAGAUAUAUUCAUGUUCAACCCAGUUAACCAAUCUCCUAUUGUUUGUAAUACCCUGCUAUUAGCCUCAUUUUGAAUGUGAAAAUACAAAUUUCUCUGUAA